UGAUAUCCAUCAAUACCGGAUGUUUCCGGUUUUUAUCAACUCCGCAGAGUUGGGUAGUGUAUAUAUAUUUCAUAGUAUGGAAAAACCUUUAAAUGAUCUGUUAUGACGUUGUUUGACAGAAUUAUCUUUGCGUCACCCAAUUCAGACAACAGAUGGCGACGUGAGUCAUUCUUACGUGACGUAUAAUCUAGUGGACGGGAAGAGCAACACGGCUCCGUAUUCAUCCACCUCGAUAGCUUGCUAGGCAACAUGAAACCGAAAUAUUGAAGCUCUUUUAGGCCAUUCUUGUGUAUAUUAGUCUCAGUAUUUUAAACACAAUUGUGUUAACGUAUCAACUGCUUAAAUGUAACGUCAUUUGCAUGUUAAAUGUGUUAACUUGUUAAGAUUGAUACUGAGCCCGGCACUAGGCUAGUUUCUAAUGCUAACCAGCUAAUGCUAUUUAGCGAACUAAUAUCCCCGACCAUGAGCUCACUAAGCUACUUCUCCCCUGCUAAAGACGUCUGCUGGACUCAGAAAGAAGCUCUAGGGCUUAACGUUGUCGUAAAAGAGGAUGAUAUUACAGUGAAAGGAGAGGAAGAAGCUUUCAGAAUGAAAAAGGAGGAAGAGGAGGCUAUCACAUUGAAAGAAGAGGAGGAGCAUUUUGGAGUGGCUGUCACAGUGGUAAAAGAGGUAGAAGCUUUCAGAAUGAAAGAGGAGGUAAUCACAUUGAAAGAAGAGAAUGACACUUUAGGAGUGAAAGAGGAAGAGGGGAUACAGUCUGUCACAGUGGAAAAAGAGGUAGAAGCUUUCAGAAUGAAAGAGGAGGAAGAGGCGGCUGUUAGAGUGAAAGACGAACCUUUUUGGGAGGAGGAAGAGGAGGCUGUCUCAAUAAAAGAGAAGGUUGAAGCCGUUCUGGGAGUGAAAGAGGAGGAGACAGAAGAUCUUAUUAACAGCAGAGAGACACAUGACUAUUAUGGAUCCUCUGGGAAGCCUCAACAACAUCCUGACGCUGACGAGGAAGAGAAGAGUCUUUCCAGAUCAGAACACCAGAUGGACAACGCUAGCCCUUCCUCCCUCCCGGAGUCCCUGUAUCGUGCCUCUCCCGGUAGCACCUUACUGCUGGGUAUGAAGAGGUUGUCUGUGCUGCUGGUGGACUGCAGGAAAACAACGGGGCUGAGUGGAACUGUGAGAGGAGGAGAAGAGAAGAAAGGAUCAGAUUUGACACAGUUUCAAAAAGGGGGUCUGUUCCCAGUAGGGCUGUUCCCAGUAGGGUCUGUAUCUGUUCCCAGUCUGUAG